AGAAGAAGAAAUCAGUGUUAUCCAAUGACAUUAAGCUAGCCAUGGCGUUGUUUAUACAAAAUUGUUGUUUGGCAGGUCGUUUUUCCACCAGUCAAUUAUUGAGGACGUCCAGAAGUAGUCCUGCAGUUUACACGAGUAAUCUGUCAACUGUAGUGAAGUCCUCCCCACAACGUGCCGACAGAAAGAAGGAGAUCCUGGAUGAUGAUGGGCCCAAUCUUCAAGACUUUAUUUCUGGAGAUUUAUCAGAGAAAAGCAAAUGGGCUGAGUAUAGAGGCAACCUGAAGAGGCAGAAAGGAGAAAGAUUACGGCUUCCUCCAUGGCUCAAGACUGAGAUUCCUAUAGGGAAGAACUAUAACAGACUCAAAAACACAUUGCGAGACCUUAACCUUCACACAGUAUGUGAAGAGGCCAGGUGUCCCAACAUCGGGGAAUGCUGGGGAGGAGGAGAGUAUUCUACUGCAACAGCAACAAUUAUGCUGAUGGGGGACACAUGUACUCGCGGCUGCAGGUUCUGCUCGGUAAAAACAGCCCGUCUGCCUCCUCCUCUUGAUCCCAAUGAACCCUACAAUACUGCCAAGGCAAUUGUUGCCUGGGGUCUCGACUAUGUAGUUCUAACAUCGGUGGACAGAGAUGACCUUGCAGAUGGAGGGGCGGAACACUUUGCUAAAACAGUUUCCAACAUAAAAGAGAGGGAUGUAAAAAUCUUAGUUGAAUGUCUAACACCUGAUUUUCGUGGUGACCUGUUGUCAGUGGAGAAAAUUGCAUUGUCAGGAUUGGAUGUGUAUGCUCACAAUGUUGAAACUGUACGCGAGCUGCAAAGGUAUGUUCGUGACCCCAGGGCAAACUUUGACCAAUCUUUGAAGGUUUUACAACAUGCGAAGAAAGUUAAACCCACUUUGCUCACAAAAACGUCUAUCAUGUUGGGAUUGGGGGAAACAGAUGAACAGAUUCAAAAUACACUGACAGAGUUGCGAGAAGCUGGUGUUGACUGUUUAACACUGGGGCAGUACAUGCAGCCAACUAAACGUCAUCUUAAGGUGGAUGAGUACGUCACUCCAGAGAGGUUUGCUCAUUGGGAGAAGGUUGGGAAUGACAUGGGGUUUCUGUACACUGCCAGUGGACCCCUGGUGCGAUCCUCCUACAAAGCAGGUGAAUUCUUUCUGAAAAACCUGCUUGACAAAAGAAAAGCUGAGGGAACAGAAUGAAACUAAGAUGCUUUAAAGUCUAAGAUUUCCCUUUUUCACUAUAUUUUAAUACCUCAAUAUACCAACAUUCACACAAAAAUGUUUGUAUCAGGACAGGUCCAGAGCACAGUCAAAUCUUUAAGUGGGAUAGACCAGUUACCAUGUGACUCAGAGGAACUAACCAUUUUACAAACUUUAGAGAGAUCCGUGAGCUCUGUAGACAACCGAGAUUUGUAGCCUACAGCUGCCACUGGGAUGUCCUGACCUGCUAUUAUCUUAUUCACACUCUGCCCUCUGGUGCACAACUUGUAAAAUGACUUUUAGACAACAGACUGUUUGAUCCCUUGAUGUCUUCAGGGCAGGGACAGUAAAACCUUGAGACAAGGACAUCUCAAGGUCUCGUCUUUGUCUCCAUGUAUUUGUGGAUAACACUGACAUAAAUUAAGUUAUUAAAAACACAUGGAAGCAAAAGCAGAUCUGAAUGAUGAAUAUUACCUCACUAUAUAUAUACAUAUAUAUAUUUAUCACACACAACUAGAUGAAUUGUCGUGGUCAGUAAAUAUUUGAUUUCAUAUCAA